CAAAUAGGACAAAAACAUUUGCUUUUAUUCUGAUGUGUGUUUCAGAUCCGGGCAGUUUCACAUUGUGUAUAGGACCACUCGUGAGAAUGAAUGCAAAAUUGGUUUUCCGCAUGUACAACGACCUCGAGUUUGUGAAAGGCCCCUUGCAAGAUUUCCGGAGAAUGGCAGUUGCAGAGUAUUUGCGGAAUAACUCUCUGGCUGUCCGAGGUCAGCAUAUCGACGCUCUGCGACGAAGAGUUGCUGCAGAAUCUCUUUGCUCAUGUGAGAAAAGCAACGACAGGAGCGACACUGACAACGAAGGAGACUCUCGGGGCAUAUUGGAGGAUGGUGACUGGUCUUUCCUUGAAGCCCUCGACCCACACUCACAGAUACCCGUUCAGCUGGAGGAUAUACCUUGGUCGAUAGUGGCAAAGGCACAUUACAUCCCUUGGUGCUGCACGGAGCCUUACACCUGUUACCCGAUACACCUGGCCUGUCUCUUUGGCCAAAUGGAUCUGGCCAGAAUGAUGUUCGAGAAGAAGGGAGCUGACAUUCACGCCAGGGACAGCCGAGACAACACUACCCUUAUGAUGGCCGCUGCCUCAGGCUCUGCCAUGACCAUGGUUCCCCUCAUUUUGAUUUUGUGCAAGGACGAAGAGGACCGAAAGAAGUUAGUCACCGCCCAGAACAUGGACGGACUCACGGCCCUGCACUUCGCUGCUCUGAGCGAUGACCCGCAGGUCGUGGAGCUGCUGGUGGAUGUUGGGGCUGAUGUCAAUGCUGGGCAGUUCACCACUUUGCAGAACCGACGCUUCGCCUUGACUCCUCUGCACUUUGCCCUCAUCAGGGGCACACUUCCUGCCGCCAGCAUUGUAAAAGUGCUGGUGAAGUCAGGAGCGGACCUCAGCUUGGAGGCAGCCAGAGCCGACAGCAGGGUGCCAUGCGUGACGAUCGUUAGAGAGUGUUCCUGCGGGAUUUGCUUGUGUCUGGGUAUCUACGUAUUUCCCGAUCUGCUGCUUCCCUCACACGGAGCUCGGUAUGACGGUCAGAUCAAAAGCGUGGGGACUGCUUUACACCUGGCAGUUAAGCGCAGCUUUGACCUGUCUGAUAUCCUCUCGGAAAAGCAACACAGACCGCUGCUGAACGUACCCGACGGUUCAGGCUACCUGCCUCUUCAUUCCGCAGUCAAGAAUUUAAACCAGAAAGCUAUAAAGAUCCUCCUUAGUUUGGGUGCUGAUGUUAACGCCAAGGCGUCUGGAAAUUGUUGUAUGCUGGGUAGAACGGCUCUUCACAUCCUCUUUAAUUUCAAGUUAGUAACGAGACUCCAUUGCAUCUUCUGCUCCCGCACACUGCAGCAUAGCCACCACUUUAAAAGAUGCGUGUCCCUUUUGCUGCAGCAACCUUUGGUGGAUCUCAAUGCGAGAGAUUGGCAGGGUAAAACCCCUCUGCAUGUAGCCUGCGAGUCCGGGCAUUAUACCUUUAUUGAGCAGCUGGUCGCUCGCGGGGCCAACGUCCUGGUGGAGGACAACAGGGGCGGCUCGCCGCUGUCCUACGCCGCGUGUCCCCCCGACAGGACCGUCCGUGAAAUGCUCGUGGACGUCCUUCUGAGAUGUGGAGCUGUCGUCUCGUGUCUGAAUACGCCCUUCUACCGUUCUCCAGUGCGAGCGUUCUACGGCCGCUAUGACGUGGCCAUCCUUCUGAAGCUGCACAACCUCGGGGCUAUAACCCCCCAAGAUCUGAGUUCAAUGCUUUGUACCAUCCCUUACAAUUAUGAGGCAAAGUUACUCACUGCUAUGGACCAGCAUGUGCCUCUUCAAAUGGUUUGCACGCUUAAAUGUAGCUGGACACAAGCUGCACUGGAACAGUAUGGGCGGAGAGAGACUGAAACUAAUGAAGUAGUUAGUGACAGUAGUCCUCUGUGUGUUCCUGGUGUGUCAGAACGUCCCCCCCCCCCUCAUCUAAUCACCUCCUUUUACGGAGAGAAAGGUGCGUCAAGCCUGUUCGAAGGGCUAUUCAGUCAGGUGUUGGUGAAGCAGAACCAAGCACGAGUGGAAGGCGAAGCCACCACCAACCUCCGGGUACCCUACGAGGUUACCAAGGACGCCACCACGCGCCAGGCUGCAAAGAUGCUGAGACCAAAAGGGGAAGCACCUGCCGUACACUUUCUGCACGUGACAGUGACCAAUCGCAAGUGGUUUAAUAGGGAUUAUAUGCUGCUUACUCUACAUGACUUGCAAGAUUUCCGGAGAAUGGCAGUUGCAGAGUAUUUGCGGAAUAACUCUCUGGCUGUCCGAGGUCAGCAUAUCGACGCUCUGCGACGAAGAGUUGCAGCAGAAUCUCUUUGCUCAUGUGAGAAAAGCAACGACAGGAGCGACACUGACAACGGAGACUCUCGGGGCAUAUUGGAGGAUGGUGACUGGUCUUUCCUUGAAGCCCUCGAUCCACACUCCCAGAUACCCGUUCAGCUGGAGGAUAUACCUUGGUCGAUAGUGGCAAAGGCACAUUACAUCCCUUGGUGCUGCACGGAGCCUUACACCUGUUACCCGAUACACCUGGCCUGUCUCUUUGGCCAAAUGGAUCUGGCCAGAAUGAUAUUCGAGAAGAAGGGAGCUGACAUUCACACCAGGGACAGCCGAGACAACACUACCCUUAUGCUGGCCGCUGCCUCAGGCUCUGCCAUGACCAUGGUUCCCCUCAUUUUGAUUUUGUGCAAGGACGAAGAGGACCGAAAGAAGUUAGUCACCGCCCAGAACAUGGACGGACUCACGGCCCUGCACUUCGCGGCUCUGAGCGAUGACCCGCAGGUCGUGGAGCUGCUGGUGGAUGUGGGGGCUGAUGUCAAUGCUGGGCAGUUCACCACUUUGCAGAACCGACGCUUCGCCUUGACUCCUCUGCACUUUGCCCUCAUCAGGGGCACACUUCCUGCCGCCAACAUUGUAAAAGUGCUGGUGAAGUCAGGAGCGGACCUGAGCUUGGAGGCAGCCAGAGCCGACAGCAGGGUGCCAUGCGUGACGAUCGUUAGAGAGUGUUCCUGCGGGAUUUGCUUGUGUCUGGGUAUCUACGUAUUUCCCGAUCUGCUGCUUCCCUCACACGGAGCUCGGUAUGACGGUCAGAUCAAAAGCGUGGGGACUGCUUUACACCUGGCAGUUAAGCGCAGCUUUGACCUGUCUGAUAUCCUCUCGGAAAAGCAACACAGACCGCUGAUGAACGUACCCGACGGUUCAGGCUACCUGCCUCUUCAUUCCGCAGUCAAGAAUUUAAACCAGAAAGCUAUAAAGAUCCUCCUUAGUUUGGGUGCUGAUGUUAACGCCAAGGCGUCUGGAAAUUGUUGUAUGCUGGGUAGAACGGCUCUUCACAUCCUCUUUAAUUUCAAGUUAGUAACGAGACUCCAUUGCAUCUUCUGCUCCCGCACACUGCAGCCUAGCCACCACUUUAAAAGAUGCGUGUCCCUUUUGCUGCAGCAACCUUUGGUGGAUCUCAAUGCGAGAGAUUGGCAGGGUAAAACCCCUCUGCAUGUAGCCUGCGAGUCCGGGCAUUAUACCUUUAUUGAGCAGCUGGUCGCUCGCGGGGCCAACGUCCUGGUGGAGGACAACAGGGGCGGCUCGCCGCUGUCCUACGCCGCGUGUCCCCCCGACAGGACCGUCCGUGAAAUGCUCGUGGACGUCCUUCUGAGAUGUGGAGCUGUCGUCUCGUGUCUGAAUACGCCUUUCUACCGUUCUCCAGUGCGAGCGUUCUACAGCCGCUAUGACGUGGCCAUCCUUCUGAAGCUGCACAACCUCGGGGCUAUAACCCCCCAAGAUCUGAGUUCAAUGCUUUGUACCAUCCCUUACAAUUAUGAGGCAAAGUACUGUAAAAGAAGAACAAUGCGAUGAAACGGCUGCGUACAGACGCGAAGGAUUGAAUCCACACUCACUCUGCUCCAAUAAU